AUGUAUGAUGACAUGCUGGGAUUUUGGGAUCGGUGUCGUUCCGUCGGGGGACGCCUGUGGGAGGUUUCGCCUUCGUCAGCAAAGCUGCCCGGAUCGGUACUUUGCAUGGCAAAGUCAUGCAGUUCUCGUGAGGUCCAAGCGUGGCUGAGCAAUGACCGCAGCAAUUCUCAUCGGAAUGACACGGAGGCUUUGGCAACGGAGCUUGGGCAUUGGCGCCAUUUGAAGUUAGAUUUCGUAGUUGCUGGCUUUGAGAAAUGCGGGACAUCCUCCCUGUCGCACAACAUGGCGAGACAUCCAGAGGUUCAGUUCUUCCCACCUGCGGCGAUGAAUGCUCGAAGCAACACAGACGACCAGAACGCCCAGGAUGGCCACUUCUUCUGGCAGGUCGGCGCUCGACUUCUUCCGCCAGCAGACUUAGUCCGCCAGUUCAAUGCAGGCCUGUGCUGCCUCGGUGGUGCACGGCCUCCGGGCUUUAGCGAUUCCGAUCUCAUUGGGCCAGUCAAAGGUCAAGAAGGCCGUGCGAUUGUCAUCGGUGAGAGGAAUCCUGUUUAUGCCUUCCAGCGCAUUAUCAUGAAGAUGGUGUCCCUCGUUCCAUCUGCGAAAGUUGUGCUUUUGGCUUGUGAUCCUAUCCGAUGGCUACAUUCUGCCUACGGUGACACCUUGAAUUGGCAUGCAGGUGGCAAAGACGAUCCACCCCGACCGCCGUUGCGCGAAUUUGCUUUAUCAGACUUUGUGGCAGCUUCAAAGCCGACUGCCUUGUCGCACAAGUGGUACAACUUGAGCCGUAGACGAGCGUAUUUUACAUUUUUCACGGAGGGUGUCACUCGACUAUUGGGAGCUGAGCGAGUGCACAUGCUUCAUCGAGACUCAAUAGAUCAGAGAUUUGCCGGCACCAGUGGAGUGCGCGAGGCUUACGACCGACUUGCUUCCUUUCUGCAUCUGAGGCCCUUUCCUCCCGACUUCGCUUUCGAGAGGCGGAAUGUCAGAGCCAAGGUCGCUCUCCCAGACACCCUGGAGCUUUGCACCCGCCAAGAACGUGAAACGCUCAAGGUCCUGAAGCGGUAUUAUCGAGCCGAGUACUCGAGAUUGCCAUCGUGGAUCAGCCGGCUAGGUGGUUUGGUUCCUGAUCACGUGGCUUCCAACAGGACAUGCUGCGAUGCGUGA